AUGAAAACAAAAGGAACGUAUCACAACAACAACCACAACAAUCUUCACAACGGACACAGACGACACAGGACGAUCCAGGUACGUCGAACUCGCCUGCUGUGGUCCUUCGACACCCUCCUCAGGGCAGCAGAGAAGGAACGGGUUUCUGAUGAAUGGGAUCCGAAUUCCCGAACUCCCAGUUAUCCAGAUUUUAGCCAGCAAGCCAGAAACAAGUCCCUGAGAACGUACUCAUGUCCAUAUAUCUUGGAGCAGAAAGUUGCCAUCAUGUUGAGGUGCAUUAGUGAUCAGUUCUGCGCUCAACAUUGGGUGAAUAACGCUGCUGCUCUAGAAUACAAUGAGACCAGGAGGCGAAGAAGCUGCUCACUGACAGUUGAGAACAAAGUACGACAGGGUAGGAUGCUAGACGACCGCCUGUUACAGCAGCAUAUCGGUCAGAUGGAUCAACAGAAGAGACGAGGCAGCGGUCGUCGCAGAGACAUCGCCACACCUCUUCCUUCCACGUUCAACAUCGACGACAUCGACUUUGAUGAUGAGGACGACGAUGAUGAAAGUCCCAAUCUUCAAAAUUUAAAGAUUUACAAAAUGCUGGUAGAAGAGUUCUCUGGCGAGGGAACGCCGGUUGAUACUGACGUUGUUGCGGACGUUCCACAACCAACCACCGCGAUAUCAUUCACAAUGCAGCAACCAUCGAUUCCAACUUUUUCAUCGUCAUCAACCGUAUCGCCGUCGUCAUCACAGUCGUACCUCGAAAUGAAGUCAUCAAUUGAUGAACGUCAGAGAAGUGUCGCUCCUGAGACACUGAAAAUUGAUACAACUGAAUGUCAUUGGCCGUCGUCAUCUUCUUCAUUUUUUUCGUCUCUUGCCACAUCUUUUCCAGCAGUAAAUAUGCCGUCGUCGUCUUCCUCACAAUCAAAAUCAUCAUCACCAUUACUCACAUUAUCAAUCAAAUCCACCACAACUACAACAGCGUCAAAUGUUGUAGUCGCCAUGUACAGAUCUUCGCCAAACUUGCAUCCUGCUUUCCGAUCCAACUCGUAA